UAGCGAGAUACUGGCGUCGUACCUGCGGAGCCAGGGCUCUAGUUGUUGAUCUCCAGAUUAGUGGGAAGGAAGGAGCCACGCUAACGCAAGGACCACCUAUUUUCCGCCGAUAGUCGACCCUGUCGUUUCUCUUUCUCCCCGACGCACGCUUAAAUAUCAUCACGCUCUCAUCUCGCGGUCUCAGCCUUAGCUCACCAUGUCGAAUUCUCCAGUCAGCGCUGAUGCCGCCGCCCGCUCGGUGCUGGUUACAGGUGGCUGCGGCUUCCUGGGCUCGCACGUCGUUGACGCCUUCCUCGCCGAAGGCCGUUUCCGGGUAGUCGCUGUCAGUCGGAAUCCGAACAGAAAUCGCCAUCCCGAAGCGGAAUAUAUAUCGUGCGAUGUGACCAAGCACGACGAGAUAGCGGCCGUCAUCCAGCGCGUCAAGCCCACUGUCAUCGUACACACCGUCACCCCCGGCCCGUUCGCCCCCGCUCGCUCUCAUCACGAAGAUUAUGCCGCUACAAAGAACCUGGUUGCGGUCGCGGCCAAGGCAGCCUCGGUGAGAGCCUUCAUCUAUUCCGGGUCCGCCGAAGCCGUCUCGAACUUCUCUGGCGCCCGCAGCGAGCCGCUCCCGGAGACCAAGGCGAUAUUGCACACCCCCGACUCCACGGCUUCAGCCUAUGGGCGAGCUAAGAGCGCGUCGGAGACCCUGGUCCUCGAGGCAAACGGCCAAGACCUGCUGACCGUCGUGCUGCGUCUGCCAGGCAUGUUUGGUCCCCGAGAUGUGAACAUCUCACAUAACCUGCUGAAGGCGACGGGCACUUUCGCGACGCGGAUCCAAUUAGGGAACAACAAGGUCGUCCAUGACUGGCUAUACGUUGAAAACGCAGCACAUGCCCACGUUCUCGCAGCAAAGGCACUUCUGGACCCGGAGCAAGCCGCGAGGCAACGAGUGGACGGCGAGGCAUUCUUCCUCAGCGACGGCGUGCCAAUGAAGUUCUGGGACUUCGCCCGCAAGCUAUGGGCCGCUGCAGGGGACGAGAGGUGCAUUCGCGGGGACAGGGUCUUCGUCAUCCCAUGGAGCGUCGUACUGGCAAUGGCCAUCCUGAGCGAAGCCAUCUGCUACGUCUUCACCUGGGGCCGGAAAACGCCUGGGCUGACUCGACUGCAUGUGCACUAUAUGAAAGAAGGAGCGUGGUUUGAUAUUGAGAAGGCGCGGCAGAGGCUGGGUUACGUGCCGCUGGUGGAGACAGACGAGGGUAUUCGCCGAACCGCUGCAUGGUUCCAAGAGAGAUCGCGCGGCGCACGGAAGACGACGUGAGCAAAAUAGCAGCGGGAAACGGGCGUUAGCCGUAUGGGGGUGGGAUGUGGAUGACUAAGACAGUUAUGGUUAGCGGAUCGCUUGGUUGAAGCCCGACCCGCCUUAGUGGCUGGGCUAAGAUAAGAUCCUAGUGCUGUUCAUUUACACAUGCAUAAGAUGA